ACAAGACCUUUUGUUGUUUCCAAAGCGAAAUAGUUAAUAUCCUCAGACUCAUUUUUUUAAAUACUCUACUAAUAGAAGCUAUAGUGAUACACUUAUUAAUUUUGUCAUAAUUAAUUGAUUAUUAUUAUUUUACGACGGUUUUCAGCCAACCACGUAUAGAUCGUGUUCUCAGACAUUGGUUUUUUGUUCCUUCGUCUUUACUUAAUGUCCAAUAUGUAUACUAUCUUCUCAUUGAUACAACAACACUAUAAUUAAUUACUGACCGCACUAUGAGUACUACACAGUUUUAAUAAUUAAAUAAAUUAUUUGUUUUAUUAUCGGAGAUUAUCGUGAAAUGGCUGGUAAAACACCAUCUGAAAAAAGACUGCAUAAAGAAUUGAUAUCGCUCGUUAAAGAACCGCCUCCGGGAAUGGUUGUAGAUGCUGAUCAAGCCGAGCAGAACCUCAAUGUUUGGACUAUAAAUAUGCAAGGUGCAGAAGGUACUUUAUAUGAUGGAGAACAGUUUCAACUGCAAUUCAAAUUUGGUACCAGUUAUCCUUUUGAAUCACCUGAAGUUACAUUUGUGGGCCAAAACAUUCCAGUUCAUCCACAUGUAUAUAGUAAUGGGCAUAUUUGCUUGUCUAUUCUUACCGAUGACUGGUCACCAGCCUUAUCAGUUCAAUCUGUUUGUCUUUCAAUUAUAUCUAUGCUAAGCAGCUGCAAAGAAAAGAAAAGACCUCCAGACAAUAGUUUUUAUGUAAAAACAUGCAAUAAAAAUCCCAAAAAAACAAAAUGGUGGUAUCAUGAUGACAAAGUUUGAAGCGUUGAACAUCCAUUAUUUUAUCUUUUCACUAUAAUAUAUUAUCGUUUAGUGAAAAUUGUGAUCUUAUUUUUAUUGCAAUUAAAUGUACUCACUUUAACAAUAUCAUUAAUUAGACCCAGAUCCUGUUAAAUGUACAUUUGUUUAUUAUAAAUAAAUAUGAUUACCUUUCAAUUAUUAUACACACUAAUAAAUAUAUAAUGUACUAUUAUUUUUUUAAGUUGAGUAGUAUAUUAUAUUAAAAAAAUAAUCUCAACCUACAUUGUUAUUAAAAUAAACCAUAAGCAUUAGGUAUAUAUUACAAAGGAAAUAUAUUUGUAAAAAAAUCAUGUAUUUAUAAACAUCACAGGAACAUUUAUAUAUUAAAUUGUAAAUCAUAGAUAAAUUAUGUAUAAAUUUGUCGACCCAAUUAUUUGGUACGUCAAAACACAUUUUAAAUUAAUUAACUAAUUGACAUGGGUUCCAGAUUUAAUAUAUUUUAUUAACAGUA